AUGGAGAGCUCCACGGUGCGGGAUUACGACACUAUCACAUCUUUUCUUGGCUCCUGGGGGCCGUUCCAGCGCAGAGUGUUUCUGGCUCUUGCAGCUAGCAUCCUCCCAAAUGGAUUCAUUGGGAUUUACAUCGUAUUUGUGGGAGACACGCCGCCUCAUCAGUGCUAUGUCCCAGACUCUUAUAAUAUCAGUGAAGCCUGGAGGAACGUAACUGUGCCAAUGGAAAGUGUGAAUGGAGUCACCCAGCGCAGCUCGUGCUCCAGACUAAACCUGACGAUGGUUCAGAGUUACUCUGAGAGGAACCUGCAGCCGGACGUGGACGUGAACGUGAGUGUAGUGCCACUGGAGAACUGUCAGGAUGGAUGGAGCUACAGCAGAGAGAUCUACCAGUCCACCAUAGUAACAGAGUGGGACCUGGUGUGUGACAAAGCCUACAAAAUGCCCCUCACCACCUCCAUCCACUAUGUAGGCGUCCUGGUGGGGGCCUUCCUCUCGGGCCAGAUCUCAGACAGGUGGGGGAGGAAGCCGGCGCUGUUCCUCAUGAUGGUCCUUCAGACUGUGUCUGUGGCCGCUCAGAUCUUCUCUCCAAACUGGGAGAUCUUCACCUUCAUCUUCUUCUUCGCUGGAGGCGGAGGAUUCUCCAACUACAUCAUUGCAUUUGUGUUAGGUACAGAGACUCUGAGCCCAAAGGCCCGUGUGACGUUCUGUUCUCUGGGCGUCUUCAUGCCCUCGGCCAUAGGGUACAUGGCCAUGCCCGCUGUGGCGUACUUCCUCAGGGACUGGAGGACUUUACUCAUCUCAAUGGCAGCCAGCUCAAUCAUCUAUGUCCCGCUGUGGUGGCUGCUCCCUGAGUCUCCUCGCUGGCUGCUGUCUCAGGGCAGAGUGGAGGAGGCAGAGGCCAUUCUGAGAGAAGCAGCAAAAUGCAAUAAUGUGGAAGUUCCAUCGCCCCUGUUCACCAAAGUUGAGGUGGAAGAAACAUUGGCUAAAAAAGACAAGAAAUACAACAUCAUCGCUAUUUUCCAAGACUGCAACUUAUUUUUUACUACUUUACUGUGCAGCGCUUUAUGGGUCAUCAUCACACUGAGUUACUACGCUCUGCUCCUGAACACGUCCAAUCUCCAUGGCGACCCGUACCUAAACUGCUUCCUCUCGGCGGUGACUGAAGUACCGGCUUACAUCAUCGCUCUGAUCCUGCUUAAGUUCGUGGCACGACGCUUCUGCCAGUCGUCCACGCUGCUCACCGGGGGAGUCAUGAUCCUGUGUGUUCACCUUAUUCCAUUCGACCUCCCUGCCAUCGGUGUGGUGCUGGAAAUGUUGGGGAAGUUUGGCAUCACGGCGGCGUUCUGUAUCGUGUACGCCGUCUCCUCGGAGCUCUUCCCCACAGUAAUCCGGAACACGGCCAUGGGCUGCUGCUCCAUGGCAGCACGUGUGGGCACCAUCAUCUCACCCUUCAUCAUCUACCUGGGACGCUUCUACAAAGCUCUUCCUUACAUCAUCAUGGGCUGUCUCGCUCUCACCGGAGCUUUGCUGAGUCUCAUUUUACCAGAAUCUUUUGGCCGGAGUUUACCUGAAACCAUCGAAGAAAUGCAGCCAAUAUGCAGGAGACGAGUGAAGAAGGAAAAGAGUGUGGAGGAAAAAGAGUCUUAUGACCUGAGUGCGUCUGAGGAGAAACAGACCAAACUGUAGCUCUGCUGUUACACAUGUUUUUGUA